GGUGAACCGGGUGUCCGCUUCGACGGCCAACUCGUCGCUGGAGUCGUCCCUCUCGGUGAAGGGAGAGAUGCCCUUGUCAAGACCGGGGGGGCUGGCGCGCAAGUCGAGCAUGCAGUGGCUGACGGAGCCGGUGCCGAGCCGACGGCCGACCAUGAAUGAGAGCCACGAGGUUAACCGUUUGCUGGCCAAUCCCUCCAACUUUGACGCCUGGACCAGAGUGUCGGACGACCCGGAUUCCCUGAUGCUAGCCAAGAGCAUCGGCGACUAUCUCGGGUGAUUGUUGUUGCUCUGGUGGCGAGAGGGCCCCCCGCGUUUUGCGUCUUUUAGUGCGGUGGGGUGUGUGCUCGACUGGGGGUUCAGCGGAGUCAGGCACGCACGCGCGGAGGAGGGGAUUCGUGGAUGUAUUCGAGGGGGGGGGUGUCUGGGUGACUGACGUUGAGGCGUGCUGCCCGGUGAGCGUUUUCGGCGAGGGAUAUUUUGGUCGUGCGAGACAGUGCGUGGGGGAGGACNGGCGGGGCGCGUGGGAAAACUGAGACAGCGCAGCACCCCUUCUUGAGUUCUCUCACACAUGCUGCUGGAUUGGGAGCGGCGUCUCUUGUUGCUGCUGCUUCCACUGCUGCAGACGCGGCUUUGGCCUUCGCUUCAGACGAGCAGCGGUCGCUGUGUGGCGGGGGUUGUUAUUUGUCGUAGCAUCGAUGUUUUUCUCUUUGGUGAAAGGGAGGAAGGGGGGCAGCUAUAAUAGGUGGCGGGGGUUGGGGUGAAAGAUCGUGCUGCUGGUCUAAAUUGCGGGCAUGUAGGUAACGAACACCGGGGGAUUGUUGUUUUUUCGUUGUUUUUUCAUGUUGGUGUGCUGCUGAUUUGACUGGUUGAAGGGAGGGGCGAGAAGCACGCGAUGGGGACGAGAGGGUGCGGCUUGAAUUUUUUUCUGUCGGCCGACAGAAGGUCUGUCUCCCCCACGCAGCCAGUAGCCCGCGAAACACACAAGACCAACUGUGCGUCGUUUAGUGAACUAAAGAGUAGAGGUAGAGUGAGACUUGCCGUCUGACGAGGCAAGCAAGCAGCAGAACCGGGUUAGUCUGAUUCGCAUCCUUGAACGACCGCAAAGUCGCAACACAUGGCGUAGCACAAGCAAGAGGAGACUUCCCAUGUGCAGUUUUUCAGCUCCCAUCGGAAUUAUUGCGGCGCGAUUGAAUUUGCACCCGCCUUCGCUUCGACCGUUACCGGCGUGGUGGAGGAUGGGUUAGUCCGUCGAUCGAAACUCCAGAUGAUGAGCGUAGCGACAGGACAGCCCUUACCACCGCUCGUUGCGGACAGCCGGCGGCUGGCUGGCUCUACAUACAUGCGGGCUCCGAAAACUGAGAGACUGUGAAGAGUUCGCCCAAUCAACGAUGAAUGCAUGCCGGUGGCGUCCCGUACCCUUGUCUAGUUUUUUUUUUUUGUUGAGAGUAAAUGCUGAACAUCCAAGAAUCGGUGCAGAUGCCAAAAGAGCAGUGGACAGUGGAUGUGUUCUAUGUACACUUGGGUACUGCUUUUCUGUUGAACGCAUCCGCUGGAGUCGUGACGGCCUGCGUUUGUGACGCGGCCAUGUGAUUGCUGGAUAUUGUGAGGAAGUGCCUCGUUGUCACGCCUGUCUUCGCGGCGCUAGGAAACCAAGAGUGGCGUAAAAACGCCUCAUUUUCUUGUUUUUUCUGGGUGAGAAGAUGGCUUCUUUCGCGUGGAAAAAACUUGCUUGUAUGAGGAUGGUCGAGGGAGUGUCGUGCCGAAUCCAGGGGGGGGGAGGGGAUGUACUCAUAGUCGUGCAUGCCGUAGUCGUUAGACCAUUGACCUCGCAUCCCUACAAAGCCGGGACGGAGCACGCCGGGUUCUCACCGGACCAGGCUCUCACAUCACCAAGCGCGAAGCGCCGUGAGAUAUUCGGCGAGUCGCAUGAAGGGUGCGCUGCAUCCUGCUAAGGGUUUUCGGCAUCUUAAGGUACCAUACCAUGUGUAGAAUGUCGGGUAACAGCAAUAGUAGUCGUUGGGUGGGUGGACGCCGUUUCACACGCAUCGGGAGGUGGGGAUCGAAGGGUCCCGUGCAGCUAUGUACACGCAACACGCAUUUACUAGCCGGGAUGGAGUGGAAACGACUUACGAUACCACGCUUAGCAUUCUGGUAUGGUAUGUAGUAGCGCAAAGAAGGGAUGUGACUCGCUGUCCACUCUGCAUCAGAUCGGUGUGAUCGGACCUGUAUAAGAGUCAUACACAUCAUGCGGAGCGUACGUACGCGUCGCGUGGGUAGGUAGCGGAGAGCGUAGAGCGCAGACGAGAAGUCGUCGUGAUUGUGGCGACUUCCUCUCUGUUCGGCGAAGGAAUUUGAUGGGCCCUCGCCCAACACAUGCUUCUUUUCUUUUUUUCGUCACCAACCCGUCAAACAAGUAGAUUGUGGGCUUGGGGGGG